AUGGAAGAGUUCAAGCAAAAGAUGUUCCAUUCCCGCGAUAUCGACUAUAAGGGACUAGGGCGCUGCCGUUCCCGGGAACGGUCAGGCGCAUCGUGGCAUCGACGAGACCGCUACCAACUCGCAGCACACCAGCGCUGGCACAGCGACGCGCGACACUACUCUGGACACAUCAGCCGUAGCGGGGCCACCGCUGGUACCCUCAACACGAACCAGACGCCGAGUAAUGAGCUGUCGAUGGCCGAUGCUGUGAAGGGCUUUCUUCAACAGAUCGCCUCCAAGCAGGGUGUUGCGAACGUGGCCGCCGACGAAUUGCCAGGUGUGGUUGAUCCCUUCCACGCGGUGCAGUUAGAUACCGCUCGCGACCAGGGUAUCGCUCGGGAACUUUUAGCCAAUAAGACUACCACCGACAAUUCGCAGAGCGCUGUCACAGGCGAGAACACUUCGAGAAGACUUCAAACGGCUCGACUAAGCGAAGCACAUCGCCCCAUAACGGUGGAGGCGGCAAGCGGCCUAAGCACACCAAGGACUCAGCAGGGCCGAAAGGGUCUCACUGCAGCAGGCACAAGUACUUGCGCAGAUGAACAUCUGCUUGUCACACCAUGUCAGUACCUGUACCUCAGGUGA